UUUAUACUUUGGAAAUACUUUCAAAUUUUUCUAAAUAAUCAAAAUUGCCUGGUUUCAUUUUCAUUGGAACAAACAUGAAUAUAAAUCCAAUAAUCCGUACCAUAUUGAACCACUUUCGAGGUUGCACCAUCAGGAGCUAUCUGGUUGUCCUGCCAGAUCACGGUCGUAUAGAGAAACAGCUUAAGCUGGAGGAGCUAAUAACGGAACGUGGAGUUUUGGAUAUGCGAUCUCUUGAGCUCUCACUUCAGCAAAAACGCGUUGAGGCCAAUCUAACCGAUCUGACACGUUGCAUAAGGGGCAUGGAGUUUGAUUUGAAGGUGAAUUCCGAUCUGGAGAAAAAGGAAAACAAACAGCCACGUGGUACCUCGCAUAAUUCCCCGCCAAGCGAUAAGAAAUCACCCAAAGUCGGUGGUUUUAGCGAAUAGCAAAAUCCCCUCGGGUACUUCCCGGUCCCUGGG